AUGGCUCUGCUCUUAAGCCUGUCUUGUGCUGAGGAUGAGAUAGCAGCUUUAUCCUGCCCAGAGUACCAAGAGGGCUUUGACGGCUCCUGUUAUGAGUUUGUGGGUCUACAGCAUUCCUUCAUCAGUGCACAGGGUUGGUGUGAGCGGGAUGGCGGACACCUGGCCUUCAUUCUAAAUAUCGAUACACAGCAGUUCCUACAGAGGCACCUGCAGCCAGAGCAGGACUGGUGGCUGGGUCUGGCACCUGCCUCCCCGAACCUAACACUGGACUCUGCUGUUGCUGAAGGUCCUCUCUCCUGGCUUGAUGGCUCUGAUGUCAGCUACUCUAACUGGGUGAACGACCCUGGUCCAGGGGCUGGCUGUGGUCACAUACUGAGGAGCUCAGGGUUUCAGUGGGAGGCAACAAGCAACUGUAGCCAGGAGCUACACUUCAUCUGCCAAUUUGGUCAGAAAAACAUCAUCAUUCAGGAGCCCAUCGGGGAGUUUGGUGUCAUCAAAUGCUAUAGCAUGAACCUCCCAACAGAUAGCGCAAACUGCAAGGCCCUGUACGGAAGCCCCCUUCAAAUCCAGGUUGAAGUAGAAGCAGGUACAAAUGUGACCUACAAAAUCCACAGUGGUGAGAUGUUGGUGGCCAAUUCAUCAGCAGUCAGAGGAAUCGUCCCCCACAACAUCACAGUGGGACCAGAGGUGGAGCAACAGCUGGGCUCUGGCUGCCAUCAGCUGACCCUGCAUGCCUCUAACGGGGUCUCAUCCUUGGGUGUGUCCACUGAGCUGCAGGUGUGUCUGCUGGAGCCUGUGGAGGGCCUCCUGGGAUCAGUGAUGGCUGAGGAGGGAGAGUGUCCAGACUCAGACCUUUAUGUUAGAGUCUCCCUGGAUCGGGGAGCCCCGGUGCAGCUUCUCUUCCAGGUGUCUGGAGCCAACGACAGCAUCUCUGAGACCAGAGACAUGCAAAACAGCAGCAUGCAGGUUUACAAUAUCUCAACCACUAUCCAAGGAUAUUUGCAAGUGAAAGUCAGGGCCUGGAAUGUCUUCUCACAGAUGGAUGUGGAUGUGGGGAACACAACAGCAGUUUGUCACAACAGUUCAGACCUCAGGCGGGAUGACUAUGUAAACGCAAAACUGCCAGUCAAGACACUGAAAGCGUCAAACUUGAGUUACUAUGUAACAAAAUGUGAAUCCAAUGUUCUUAAGAUUAUCUAUUUUAUGCUAAAAACGUACCUAUAUUCUUUCAGUUGCCUUGAUAAUUGUAAAACAGUGGAUGUAAAAAAAGAUGUAAAAUUAAAACUGGACUGUAACUCCAAUUGCCCUGAGGUAAUUUGGCAUAUUGAGGACCCAAAACCUUCAACAGGUGCCCUGCAAAACUGUUACAACAACGCAGGGAAAAAGCCACUUAAGGAGAGAAAAGAUCAGGACGGUCAGAAAGAGUACAAAGUCAGCAAAAACUAUCUGAAAGAAGCUUCCGAUGGGUUUCAGAAUAUCAAUGUGAUAGUUUAUGGUAAACAUCUGCGCUGCAGUUCUGUAAAUAAAGUAACGUUAAUCUUCCUACCUCUUGGAGAGAUAAGCAGCAACUACAAGCUCUCGGUAGUGGUGACUGUUACAGAAUUUAACACAAAGACCCGUGGAAGUACCACAUUCACCACUCAGGUGUGGCCAGCCAAGUCCGGUACUCCAGUGCAGGAGCUCCAAUCUGCAGUGGCGGACACAGUGGCUAAUCUAGGGCAGCAGGGGAUGCUCUCUGGAGAGACCCUUGGACAGAUGUUCAAGUCUGUGUCGGACAUGCUGAAUAAGGAUUCCAGUGAGGAAAAGAAUAACAGGAUGAAGCUGCGAGAACAGAUGCUGAUGAAUAUAACUGAAGCACUGGAGAACACCUCCAGCAGCACUCCUCAGAAUGUGCAGCUGAUGGCCAGAGCUGUGGCAGGACUCACCAUGCGGGAUGAUGAGCUUAGUCCCAAUGCUCAGCUUGAAGCUAGCUUCCUGGUGGCAAACCUCAGCUCUUCCCUCCUCUCCAUGAAUGUCAGUGAGCAUGGUGGAGAAGAGAUGGUGCAGGCAGCUACACCAAUUGUAGAGGCAGCCAGCAAUAUCCUGGGAGUCUCUUCAAAUGUGAGCACAUAUUUACCUUCACUUAGUCUAAUGACAGUAAUGAAGCAGCCUUACUGAACAGUUUGUCUUUCACAGAGAGAAGUCUCUAAUUUACUUCUCAAGGGCAUGGACAAUGUGCAGAGUGCACUGUUGAAUGGGAAGAAGGUUGAUGAAGCUCCUGUGAUUGUCAACAGCUCUCAGAUCACUGUGUUUGUGAACAGAGUGUCAACAGAAACUAUCCAGAUGCAGUCUAUAAGCAACCCAAUAAGCUCCUCUGCAAGCUUUUCCUUCCCUCACCUGGGUGCUGAUGUCCUUUCUCCAGAGGAACCAGUGGAUGUGCGAAUGCUGAGUUUGAAGAAGAACCCAUUUUCAUGGAGCGAGGAGAACAAUAUUACUGGCACUGUAGGGUCUGUCUCCCUGACCAGAGGAAAUGGUUCUGUCAUCCCCAUAGAGAACCUAUCUGAGGAGAUUGAGAUAUUCUUGCCAAGGCCUGAAGGAGGGCAAGCAAACAGCACAAUACUGUACUUGGGAAACCACAGCACACUGAAGAUCGACGUCCCUUCACCUAAUGUAACACUGGUGCUGAAGAUAAAGCCAUCGAAGGACAUAACCUUUCAACUGUUGUUGGGGUACAAAGACUACCCAAACGAUAAGCAAUACAUAGCCAAGACUCAGAUGCCUCACCAGAGCAACACACAAGAGGAGAGAUACACCUGGGUCCUGGGUCCCAAAGAUUUGACAGGAAAGGUUGGGGUGCACUACCUUGUGGUGAGGCCCAUUGUAGAAGCAGGGGUUAAAUCUGUCAAUGCCACUGUGACUGUCACCUCCAUUGCUUCCCAGUGCAAGUAUUGGAAUGAAACCAAAUCCACCUGGAGUGAAGAUGGCUGCAGGGUUGGUCCUUUAACCACGCCAUUGGCCACCCAGUGCUUAUGUACGCACUUGACCUUCUUCGGGAACUCUUUCUUUGUCAUGCCCAACCUCGUAGACGUGUCACGUACGGCUGAGCUCUUUGCCACCUUCGCCCAAAAUCCUGUGGUGGUGUGCUUUAUUGGUUCCAUCUUUGUUGCUUACGUAUUGGUGGUCAUAUGGGCACGCAGGAAGGACAUCCAGGACACAACCAAGGUGAAGGUGACAGUGCUGGAAGAUAAUGACCCCUUGGCUGAAUACUGUUACAUGCUGAAUAUCAGCACUGGGCAUCGGCGUGGUGCGUCCACCUCCUCUCAGGUUACUGUGACUCUGCUGGGCACGGAGGGAGAGAGUGAGCCACACCACCUCACUGACCCUGACAAGCCUGUGUUUGAGAGUGGUGCAGUGGAUACGUUCCUGUUGACCACACCCUUCUCCCUGGGGGAGCUGCAGAGCAUCAGGCUGUGGCACGACAACUCAGGGGGGCACCCUGCCUGGUACAUAAACAAAGUUAUGGUGAAAGAUGUAGAGACAGGACAGAAGUGGCACUUCCUGUGUAACUCAUGGCUGGCCAUAGAUAUGAGUGAGUGCACUGUGGAUAAGGUUUUCCCUGUAGCCACGGAAAUGGAUUUGAAGAAAUUCAGUAAUCUGUUCUUCAUGAGGACGGCAAAGGAUUUUUGUGAUGGCCACAUCUGGUUUUCUGUGAUCAGCCGGCCUCCAACGAGCACCUUCACAUGUGUCCAGCGAGUCUCCUGCUGUUUCUCUCUGCUGCUCUGCACCAUGCUGACCAGCAUCAUAUUCUGGGGCAUCCCUACCGACCCCUCUGAGCAGACCAUGGACCUGGGUCAUAUCGAGUUCACCUGGCAGCAGCUGAUGAUUGGAGUUCAAAGUUCAAUCAUAACGUUUCCAAUUAAUCUCCUCAUUGUGGGUAUCUUCAGAAACACCCGCCCCCGAGAAAUGAAGCCUAGAAAGCCCAAGGCAGAGGUGUCCAAGCAGGGGAAGACUGGCAGAGUGUCUCCCUCACAGCCCCCCUCCCCACAGAGGGAGAGAGAACUCACGCCAGACACAGUAAUCAAGGACAUAAAGAAUAUUGCCCAGUCACUCUCCAAGGCUAUGAAGAGCCCCAUUCCACGCCUGGAGUUAGAGAUGAAGCCUGGACAACAGACUGAUAUCAACACUCUGCUCUCUCUGGUGGAGGAUAUCAUCCGGCAACAGAACCGAGACGGUGGGGAGUUCUACACUGAUGCCUCCAAGAAAGAGGGAUCACUCAUUCUCUCAUUAGGGGCAGUCAAUCUGCAAGAGACCAGCCUGUGUGGGAGCCCUGAGAAGACUGGGGAUGGGAGCCAGAAAAGGAGCAACAACAGCCAGUAUCUGUACAGGCAGCUACGUCAUGUAGAGAAGGAGCUGAGCCUACUGGGACCCUCUCGCUUCCCCAACCCAGACAGCUACUGCCGGGCAGUGCAGCAGGUCCAGGGCAUGAAGGGGCUGCUGGAGUCUUCCAGCCUUGGAGGGGACCAGCUGGCUCGAAGCCCAGGCCAAGCAGAGAGCAGUGAUGGGGACAGUGGCAGUAAAAAGUGCUGUCAAGGCGGGCUUCCCUGGUGGUUUGUGUUUAUUGGCUGGAUACUGGUGUUAGCCACCAGCGGAGUAUCAGGAUACUUCACCAUGAUUUAUGGGCUGACCUAUGGGAAGGACCAAUCUAUAAGCUGGCUCAUCUCCAUGGCCGUGUCUUUCUUUCAGAGCCUCCUGAUCAUUCAGCCGCUGAAGGUGCUAGGUUUUGCAGCCUUCUUUACUCUCGUUCUGAAGAAAGUUGAUCAGGAGGAGUAUGGGGAUCCAAAAAUCGAGGGGGCACUCAGAAACCCAGAUGACCCUGAUGCAGUGUGGGCUGUCAGGAGGGAUAGCACAUGCAGCUUCUACCAGCCCCCUCCUCCCAUAGACAUCGAGAGGAUGAGGAACAACAUGAUCAAGGAGCAGAAGGUCUUCACCCUCAUCAAAGAGAUUCUCACCUACAUGGGGUUCAUGUGGAUGUUGCUCCUGGUGGCGUAUGGUCAGAGGGACCCUAACGCUUACUUCCUGACUCAGCACAUUCGGCAGAGCUUCAGCCAAGGGAUCUCAGACAGCAUGAGCCACGGAAAUGUGUUCACCUGGGCAAAUACCUCUCUUCUCAGCAACCUCUUUGGAGAGUACCCAGGUUUCAUCACAGAUGGGAACUCCAAACUGGUUGGUAAUGCCCGUCUUCGCCAGGUGAGGGUGCAGAAGAACUCCUGCCGCAUCGCCCGCUCCAUGCGCCAGUCUGUUCCUGACUGUCAUGCUCCAUACUCAUGGGAGGUGGAGGACAUGGGCUCCUAUGGGCCAGGCUGGAACCGCUCGGGGAGUGAAAACACCUCAAAGACCCUCCGCAGCCCCUGGCAAUACCAAACCCAGGCCCGACUCAGAGCCCAACCCAUCUGGGGUCGUGUGGUUCUCUACAGGGGAGGGGGGUUUGUGGUGGACCUGGGCCCUGACUCACAGAAUGCUAGCAGUACCCUUCAGUAUCUGUUUGACAACACCUGGCUUGAUAUGUUCACCCGGGCAGUCUUUGUAGAGUUCACCGUGUACAAUGCCAAUGUCAACCUCUUCUGCAUUGUCACACUCAUGCUGGAGACCACAGCUGUAGGAGCGUUCCAGUUUCACAGUGAGCUGCAGAGUGUCCGACUGUACCAGUCCACCGGUGGACUCCACAUCUUUGUCAUGGCCUCUGAGGUCAUCUAUUUCCUCUUUAUCCUCUACUACAUGUUUGUUCAGGGAAAGCUGAUGAAGCAGCAGAAGUGGGCUUACUUCAAGACAAAGUGGAACCUGCUGGAUUUGGCCAUCGUCCUCCUGAGCUGGAGCGCAUUGUCUGUCUUCAUCAAGAGGACCCUGUUAGGGAACCGGGACAUGGAGUACUACCACAACCAUAAAGAGCAGUUUGUCAGUUUCCGUGAGACAGCCACAGCGGAUGCAGUGCUGGGGUAUCUGAUCGCAUUCCUGGUGCUACUGGCUACAGUCAAACUGUGGCACCUGAUGAGGUUCAACCCCAAGCUACACAUGAUCACAGCCACACUGCAACGGGCCUGGACAGACAUAUCAGGCUUCCUCGUGGUCAUCACCAUUAUGUUCCUGGCCUAUUCUAUUACUUCUAAUCUGAUGUAUGGCUGGAAGCUGUACUCAUAUAGGACUUUCCUGGAUUCUGCUCUGACCAUGGUCAGCUUGCAACUGGGCAUCUUUAACUAUGACGAGGUUCUUGAUUACAACCCGGUGCUUGGUGCAUUCCUCAUCGGCUCCUGCAUUAUAUUCAUGACCUUUGUGGUUCUGAACCUGUUCAUCUCUGUCAUCCUGGUGGCGUUCACCCAAGAGAAAAUACAUCACAAGACAUCAGAGGAGGAGGAGAUAGUGGAUCUGAUGCUGAUGAAGCUCUGCAACUUGUUUGGGAUCAAAUGUAAGAAUGAGAAAGAAGAAAGUAACAGUCUCAAGGUGAAUGCCAACAAUGCCUCUGUUACUAAAAAAGAAGCCUCCACUAUAUCCUCAUAGAUGCUUAAUUCUCAGUAAAGAUCUGCCACUCUGUAUGAA